AUGGCAUCAAAUAGGAUCGACGACAUGUUCACGAAGAAAAGAAAGGCUGAGGAACGAAAACUCAUAGAAGAAAUCCGCUACAAACGCUCAUGUAUCAGACUAGCUGCAACGUUCCCAGCUGAAGAAGAAAUUCAGAAGAAGAUUCGCAGAGAGGUCGAGUUCAUCAAGGAAUUUCGAAGUCAAGUGGAAACCGAAAUCAGAGAAGCUGAGCUUCAAGAGCAAAGAGAGAACCACAUCAACGCCUUCGUCCAGACCAAAGAAGAAAUAGAGCAUCUCCAUUGCGAAUUUAAACAGUAUUAUACGGAAAUUAAGGGACAUACCCGUAGCCUGAGCGAAAACGUUCAUAGCAUCAAGGAAGAACUUCGUCGAGAUUUCAAACAAGGCUUUGCCGAAAUCGAUAAACGGAUUACUAAUCAGAACGAAAACACUCAUAGCAUCAAAGAGGAACUUCGCCGUGACUUCAAACAAUACUUCGCCGAACUCAAUAAAAGGAUUACUAACCAGAAGGAAAAUAUCAAAAGCAUGCGGGAAAAUCUCCACCGCGAGUUUGGACAAUGCCGUAAAGAAAUAGAGGAGCAGAUUCGUGACCAAAGCGAUAGCAUAAAGGGAAUCAUCGAACUGACCAAAAAUUCGCUUGAGACACAGCUGGCAACUCUUCCCUCUUACGCACCGAAAACAGAUCAAGAGCCAACCAUGCCGAAAGAAAUGGCAUCGGAAAGGACAACAACCAAAAACUGGACAGAAGACCCUACUUCGAAACAUCAAGAACCUGUAGGACAAAGGAAUGUCAGAGAGGAGGAAGUUGAAGAAGACCUCUUAGAUCUAUAUGACGAUUACGAAUGUAAGGAGCAGAAGGAUACAAGCGAAGGGGCUUCAACUUAUACCAGAGAAAGCAUUCGACAAAGAAAAGAGCAUGCAGAGAAGGAGCGGAGCGAGCAACUAGAUGAACGAAAAGCCAGAAUCGAGGAGUUCCUCAGAUACAAUAGGGAAGUACCAGAAAGGAAAAUUAGACGACUCAACUACAUGAGAUCAGAAGAACGCUUCUUAACAUGCUCAUUCUGUUUGGCCAGAGGAGAACAUUACUCAGACAGCUGUCCAGAGUAUGCAACUGUGGAUACGAGAUCGAGAAGAGCACGCUGUGUCCUAUGUCUCGACAGCCGUCAUGACACGGAACAUUGCUGGAGCAAGGGCAAGGCACGCAUGUAUUGCGGCAGUACGCACCAUAACAAGGCCUUGUGUGCCCUGCCAGAGACGAUAAACAAGCGCCGUAAAGAGCUGGAAAAGGUUCGGUUCGGUCAAGUUGGACAGCCCCAAGUUCUCGCUCCAUACCCUGGGAAAAUGCUUCCCGCAAAAGACGAUCUUCGACUUCAUUCCGUGAACGGUAGCGGUUCCAAGCCCAUAUAA